AUGUCUGAGGGGACCGAGGAACAGGAUUUUGUUAUUGUAACUGUCGACGACAGUGAUGAUGACAAUGAUUGCAGUAUUGAGCUGGUGGAAGAUUCUGAAACAGCAGAUAAUUCCACUAAUGACGUAGCAGAUGAUUCCACUUAUGUCACAGCAGAUCAUCCCACUGAUGACACAGCCACACAACCAAAUUUUCCAGGCGGCAAUGAUGACCAUUACUGUCCACUCCAAAUGUCAUGUGGGUCUCGCUCUGUCACCCAGGCUGGAGUGCAGUGGCGGUCACCUCUUAGGCUCAAGCAAUUCUCCCACCUCAGCCUUGCCAGUAGCUGGGAUGACAGGCGCAUGCCACCAUGCCCAGUAGCCUAUGGUGACCAAAUAGUUUCACAGAUGAACCACCCAGUACAUUUAAGAAGAUACAGUUACAACUCAGAGGAAGUGGAUUUGCCAAAAAGAGGAAGAUUGUGUACUCCAGAGGUACAGUCCAGCAUAUUACCACCAGCAGAAAGGAAGGAAACCCAUGCCUGGGCCAGCCCUGCUGUAACAUCUCUUGAGUCAGCAGCAUGUCGUGAACUGCAGGAAGCAGGCCUCAUUGAGAGUUUAUCAUAUCCCAGAAUUGUCUCCUCAAGUUCAUUACAGCCGUGUGUCGCACAAGGUGGCUUAUUUCCUUGUUUUGGUAUGCCAUGGAACUUUAUCAGUGGAGGUGCUCAAAGUACCCAUGCUGUCAUCUCAUUUGCCAACGCCACUACAGCACUACCUAUGGCAGGUCUGUCACGAGGAGAACCCAGUCUGGCAAAUAACCCUGGUGUGGUGAAUUACUCUGCUCUACUGGAAAAUGAAAAUGUGGGCGCAGGUAGAGCCUUGUCAUCUUUCUGCAUCCAUCCCAAUUUGGAAAUGCCAGAAAGACCAGCAAACAGCAGUAAAAACAGCACUGAGACAGUGAAUUACCCAACUUCAAUGGGAAAUUACAAUGGCCAAAAUACUGCCUCUUUAUCUGUCUUCAUCCCUCCCUAUUUUGCUGAGAAAAUUAUACGUAUUGAAAUGCCAGGAACAACAGAAACCAAUGUGGAAAAUAACUCUCAGACAGUGUGUUACCCAGCUUUAUUGGGAAAUACGAGUGCCCCAAAUCCAGCCUUUUCAAAUCUUCCCAUCACUUCUAAUUUUGAAUCUGGCCCACAAAUGAGUUCUGGGACAAUGAGUUACUCAACUGUAAUGAAAAAUAACUGUGACCAAGAUGAUGCUUCAGCAUCUGCCUGCCUCACUCCCAAUUUUGCACUGUUUCCUCUGGAUAUUUUGGUAAAAGUAGACAACACAACGGAAAACAGCCUCAACACAAUGAAUCGCUCAACUUUAUUGGACAGUGACAGUGGCCAGGAUUCUUCCUCAUCAUCUGUCUGUAUCCCUCCCAAGUAUGGCUAUCUUGGUGAUCCAAAAAGAAAUGUCAGAGUACUUAAAACUCAUUUGCUGGCCGUACAAAAUAUGACCAAACCUAAGCAAGCAGCCUGCUACUUGGUUCGUAUUUUGUUCUCCAAGGAAAUCCUGAUUAGCAGCUCAGUGAAUAUCCAUUUGAAAGACAGCCAAUCCCUCGAUCCAAACAAAAUGGCUGCAUUGAGAGAAUAUCUGGCGAAAACUUUUCCCACCUGUGAUUUGCGUGAACAUGGAAAAGACUGGCAGGACUGUAUUUCUGGUAUCAAUUCUGUGAUCCACUGUUUAUGUUCUGAAGCCAAGAGUACUCUAAAAACUCUUUGCAAAAAUAAAAACUGUACCAACCGUGUUGCACCAGCAUCUGCAGAUAGAAAUGAUCAAAGGGGCAGAGAUGGUGGUGAAGGCAGUUCUUGGAUGUUUCAGCCAAUGGAUAACUCUGAAAUGAGAGAAAAGGGGAACUUGCAGCCAAACAGUAAUGCUAUCCCUGAAGGAAUGCGAGAACCUUCCACUGAUAAUCCAGAGGAAACUGGUGAAGCAUGGGGCUAUUUUGGAAGACCAUGGAGAAAUAUACGGAUGCCACAUUCAGUACUGACUUUGGCAAAAACUAAGUCUUGUGCAAGCCUGUCGGCUAGAUACCUUAUUCAAAAACUCUUCACAAAAGAUGUCCUGAUCCAAAGUAAUGUCUAUGGCAGUCUGAAGCAUGGCCUGUCUGCCCUUGACCCCAAUAAGAUUAGUGCUCUCCGAGAGUUCCUCCAAGAAAACUACCCAAUCUGUGAUCUCUCGGAAAAUGGAAGAGACUGGAAGUUGUGUGUGACCUCCAUCAACAGCGGUAUCCGUAGCCUUAGACAUGAUGUCAGAAGUGCUGAAGCCAGAUCUCAGUCGCUUCCAGCAGUGACCCCUCCAGAGUCGGAGAAGGAGUCAAAGCCAAGAGAUCCCAACGCCACUGACUGAAGCACCUGA